AUGUCUCCUCGCACCGUCGUUGUUAUCGGUGCCACUGGCUCGCAGGGCGGCUCCGUUGCCAGAGAGCUUCUCAAAAGCCCGCACUUGUACAAAGUCAGGGCUGUGACGCGCGAUCCCAGCAAACCAGCAGCUCAGCAGCUCGCUGCGCUCGGAGCGAGUCUUCAAGCCGUCGAUCUCAACGCCGGCGUUGAGGCCCUUGCCGCCGUCUUUGCAGGCGCCGAUGCUAUAUUUGCCUUGACGGACUUCUGGGCUACGCAGUCCACCGAGGUUGAGAUUAAGCAGGGCCGCAGCAUUGCGGAUGCCGCAGCCCGUACCUCGAACCUGCAGCAUCUCGUUUGGAGUGCGCUACCCGACCCCGAGAAACUCUCCGGGGGAUCGCUUAUGCACAUCCACCACUGGAAGGGCAAGAGCCUCGUCACGGACUAUAUUCAGCAGGAACAUCCGGAUUUGUGGGUCAAGACCACCACUGUGCUCUUCCCCAACUAUUUCGAAAACUGCCUGACUCACCCGGAGCGGUAUCUGUCCAAACCUGAUUCGGAGGGUGUUUAUAACAUGAUCUUUCCACACAGCCCACAUACAGCCAUGCCUAAUGUGUCGAUUGGGGAUACGGGCAAGCUCGUUCAGCUCCUUCUCGAAUCUGGUAACACCUACUUGACCAAGACCAUCGCGUUCUAUAACCAAGCUCUCACGGAAGCAGACAAACUGGCUGCUAUCGGUAAAAAGUAUAACCUACAGACCAGAUAUCACACCUUGGGCGCCGAGGAGUAUCAAAAGGUUCUAGAGACUCGGGACGGCAUGUCUCCCGAGAUCGCUCUGGACUUUACCGAGCAGCUUCUGAUGUUUGAGAAGUUCGGCAACGUGUACGAUACACCCGAGUUUGUGCAGGCCAAAGAG